GCUGGUGACACACAGAGUGUCCCUUUCCAGCUUGUCCUUCCACAGCCAUUUCCUCGUGCUGCAGAGACCCUUCCCUGUGGAUUCCCUGUGGAUUCCAGCCCAGCGGGUGCCCUGCUGAGCCUGGCACACCCUGAGCCCUCGUGGAGCUGUUGUUUCUCCUCCUCUUCCUCUCUAGGCCACCGGUGCCCCCCGGCCCGGAGCGGCCAUCGCUGCGUGGCCGACAGUUCCAACCUCUACGUCUUCGGGGGCUACAACCCCGACUACGAUGAGUCUGGGGGCCCAGAGAACGAGGACUACCCCCUCUUCAGGGAGCUCUGGAGGUACAACUUUGCCACAGACACCUGGCACCAGAUGGGCACCGAGGGCUACAUGCCCAGGGAGCUGGCCUCCAUGUCACUUGUUUUACAUGGCAACAACCUGCUGGUGUUUGGGGGCACCGGGAUCCCCUUUGGAGAGAGCAACGGCAACGACGUGCACGUGUGCAACGUCAAGUACAAGCGGUGGGCUCUGCUCAGCUGCCGUGGCAAGAAACCCAACCGCAUCUACGGCCAGGUAACGGCACAGGGACCCCCCAAAACCCUCCCUGUGCCCCCCCAGAGCUGCCCCAAAGGGGGAGAGCACCAGGGAAAGCAGGUGUGCUUCAUAAAGAAAUGAAGCAGCUUUGGUUCGGGGAGAUUUCGAAGGAAAGGAGGUUUUCUGCAAGUUAGAAAGGGGAGAAUUUGUUUGUUAAUGGCUGGUGCAGCUGAAUGAGAAAUGUGUGAUUUAAGGAGGGGUUUGUAGUCAAAAACCUUCAAAACUCAAAGAUCUAAAUGAAAAUGAGGAAGGGGUUUAAGGAUUGGGUCAUAGUCAAAACCCAAAGUUCUAAAUGAAGAUGAAGAAAGUGAUUUAAGGAGUGGUUGGUAGUCAAAACCUUCAAAACACAAAAUUCUAAAUAAAAAUUAAAAAGUGAUUUAAGGAGUAGUUGGUAGUCAAAACCUUCAAAACCCAAAAUUCUAAAUAAAAAUAAAAAAGUGAUUUAAGGAGUGGUUCAUAGUCAAAACCUUCAGAACCCAAAGUUCUAAAUGAAGAUGGAAUAAGUAAUUUAAGGAGUGGUUGGUAGUAUAAAAACCUUCAAAACCCAAAAUUCUAAAUAAAAAUAAAAAAGUGAUUUAAGGAGUGGUUGAUAGUCAAAGCCCUUAAAACACAAAACUCUAAAUAAAAAUUAAAUGUGAUUUAAGGAGUGGGUCAUAGUCAACACCUUCAAACCCCAAAUUUCUAAAUGAAGAU